CUUUCAUUUGGUUGCAGUUAUUCAGUGACUGAGUGACAGUGGCUUCUCCACUGGACCACAGGCUCCUGGAGGAUGGACACUACCUGCUCUCACCGUCUGUCCCUAGCACCCAGCAUGUCAUAAACACUUUGUAAAAGUGUGUCAAGUGAAGGGCCCAGCAGGCCCCACUUCCCUCCCCUAGAGGAGAACGCGUGUGUUAGAUGGGCCGCCAGCACCCACCUAACCGUCUUCUCUCCUCCAGACGGCCUCACUCACUUCCUGCUCUGAGUCUGUGUUCUCUGCCUGGAAGACACCCAUGUUCCUGUCUGUUCACAAGGACUCUGUGUCCACCACAGGCCCUUUCAGCACCAAAAUGCUCAAUGUUACCUCGCAGGUCCUUGCAUCUGCUCUUAACGGGACCCUUUCCCAGAGCAACAGCUGUGCCCUCGCCGAGUGGUGGGGCUGGCUCAACAGCGUGCAGGCCCCCUUCCUCUGGGUGCUGUUCAUCCUGGCCAUGCUGGAGAACCUCUUCGUCCUCAGCAUCUUCUGCCUGCACAAGAGCAGCUGUACGGUGGCCGAGAUCUACCUGGGGAACCUGGCCAUGGCAGAUCUGAUCCUGGCCUGCGCGCUGCCCUUCUGGGCCAUCACCAUGGCCAAUAACUUCGACUGGAUCUUCGGGGAGGCCCUGUGCCGCCUGGUGAACAGCUUGACCUACAUGAACCUAUACAGCAGCAUCUACUUCCUGAUGUUGGUGAGCAUCGACCGCUACCUAGCCCUGGUGAAAACCAUGUCCAUGGGCCGCAUGCGCGGUGUGCGCUGGGCCAAACUCUACAGCCUGGUGAUCUGGGGGUGCGCACUACUGCUGAGCUCACCCAUGCUGGCUUUCCGGACCUUGGGAGAGUACAGAGACGAGGGCCACAAUGUCACCGCCUGCAUCAUCAAAUACCCGUCCUACACCUGGGAGGUGUUCACUAAUGUCCUCCUGAACCUGGUGGGCUUCCUGCUGCCCCUGAGCGUCAUCAGCUUCUGCACAGUGCAGAUCGUGCAGGUGCUGCGGAACAACGAGAUGCAGAAGUUCAAGGAGAUCCAGACGGAGAAGAAGGCCACGAUGCUGGUCCUGGCCGUGCUGCUGCUGUUCGUGGUCUGCUGGCUGCCCUUCCAGGUCAGCACCUUCCUGGACACGCUGUUCCGCUUCCGUAUCCUCUCCGGCUGCUGGGAGCACGUCAUCGACGUCAUCACGCAGAUCAGCAGUUACAUGGCCUACAGCAACAGCUGCCUCAACCCGCUGGUGUACGUGAUUGUGGGCAAGCGCUUCCGGAAAAAGUCCCGAGAAGUGUUCCAAGCCAUGUUCCAGAAAGGGGGCUGCAUGUCAGAGCCCAGCCAGGUGGAGAACUCCAUGGGCACGCUGAGGACCUCCAUCUCCACAGAGCGCCAGGUUUACAAAUUGUCGGACUCAGGGCAGAGCAGCCAGUGAGCACAGGGUGACUUAAUCUGUGUGAGGACUGACAGAUGCUUGCUCUUCAGCCCAGACCCUAGGAGGAGAGGUCCUCGUGCAUGAGCUCAAGCAGGAACCCCCACCCUGCCCAGUGGUAGUGAGGACACAGCCGUGACGUCAGGGUGACCUCGUGCACAGAUAAGGGCUCCCAAAACACACAGUAUUAUUGUCCUUAUUUGCUGCUGCCUCCCAGGAGCAGAGGGAGCUGUGGGCAGGGACAGGAAUGACUAAGCUCCCUCCCCGCUAGACUCCUCCCCUGCCCUAGCAUGACUGCGUAAGUCUCCUGGAGCGCAGUGGCCCGGUGUGCAUGCAGAGCCUGGUGAGCUAUUGCUCUCAAUGUCCUUGUCCCACUCAGCUAGGACUCUGGAAAACAGGUUAUCGGAUUAAUGAAGCUUAAACUGAGGGGGAUCUCUGAUAGAACACAGGAUCCAGGACCCUGCUGUUCCCUCGCCAACAGACAAGGUGGUACGUGUGAAAGAAGACCCAGUGAGCACUGAACACAGCCGCACCCCCAGACUGAACGCUGAGGGCAGGGCACAGAGGGGGUGCGUCCUGCCUGGGAGGAACUCAUGGACUCAAGCAGGGAGGACUGAGCGCUUAUGGGCUCUGGAGGCCGGUCUGUGACGCGGCUAAGCAAGGCACUGUGGCCACCACAGAGACCAGAGGGGUGAGGAGCCCAAGGCCUCAGCUUGCCCAUUAACUAGUUACGCAACCGGCUUUUCUCUGACUCAGUUUCCUCUCCUGUAACAGCAGGUUAUUGUGAGGAUGAAAGGACACAAUGGGCAUGAACGUACUGUGAUGCCAAAGGUGCUGUGUGAACACGAGGCAUUUCCGCCCACAGGGGCGAGUGCACUGGGGAAAGACCCCAGGUCUGGAAACUGCCUAGAGGAGAGUGGCUAUUGGAAGCCCGAGGUCCUGCAAAGCGCUCAGUGUCUGACACGCCGGUCGUGCCGGUGCUGCUGGCUCCUGCACCCUUUCCUUCCCGUCACCCUGCCCCACCCCACACACACAUGUGUCUGCAUGCACGCACGCACACACACAACGCUUUUGGAGAAGGCCACCCUUCAGCGUUUGAUUUGUGCUAAGGCAGAGAGAUUUCCAACUGGACCCGCCCAGGGGAUCACAGCACUCGGACCCUCACCGAGGGGUGGUGGCUGUCACCAGGAGUCCAGCCAGGCCGGCCCGAGGUGUCCCUGCCUCUGCAGCCAAGGGGCUCCAGUCAGUGACUGAUGUGAAAGUGGCCCAGUGUGGCCUCAAGAGGAGCCUGAGCAGAGACAGUGGGGCCACUCAAGCACAGUAAGGGUAGGGCCUGAGUCCCCUGCCAGGGUGGCUGAGCGCAUCCUCUUCGGUGACAGUCCUGAGCCUGGCCAGCCCAUAAGAAAGCACCUGCGGGGCAAGGGCCCCACAGGAAGAAUAGAUGUCUCCACCUCCACCUCCACCAGGCUUCGAGAGAUGGGAGCAGGCCCUCUCCACUCGGUUCCCCAGCCAAUCGAUUUCCUGUAGAGCCGAUGGGCAGGGCUGCGGGCAGCUCCCCCUCUUUUGGGUGGGGGUAGGGAUGGGGCAGGGAUGGGGCAGGGCCAGGGCAGGGCCCAAGUGUCAGGCGGAGAAAGGUGCAUCAGCAUCUUUGGCCAGAGGCCCAGGGUACAGCCCUGCUUCAGUCUCGGGUCCUCGUUGUGGGGAACUUGUCUUUUUCUGCACAUCUUAUUAAACGGCCCCUGUGGCCUGCUGUGCUAGGCCGGAUGGGGAGGUGUGGAGGAAGUGCUGGCCAGGCUCCACUGCCAGCUACGUGGAACCUAGGCAAGCCAGUGGCCAGGAACUGAGGAGCAGGGCCCAGACAGCGCCCUGCCGCGGCCAGCCUGAGCUUGCUCACUGGAGGCAGGAGUAGACCGGUAUUAACUUGUUGGCUCUCUCUGGAGAGGCUGGGACCUGGAAGAAAGGAGGAUCCGGAUGGCAAUGAGCCUAUAAAUCAUAGCCAAUGAACUCUGAAUCUUAAAAAGAAUCCAAAAAGACUCCCUCCCAACCUCACCCUCCUUUUAUUUUCAUCACCCACAUCCCUCUGCCCCGGUAAACAUACCCAUUUGUAGCUGGACAGCAGAAGCAGGUGAAUUAAAGAGAGCCGCUUAGUAUUAGGAUGUAGCUGGCGUGCCCACAAUGUGGGAGGAGACAGGAGGUGUGCUUCAUGUUGUGUCCGCAGAGCCAUGGCCAUGGGCUCCUAGUGGUCAUUUCAGGGUUCACACAUGGUCUGUGUGCACCUGAGUCCCCGGAAGGGACCUGCCCUGUUCAAGUGUGUUGAAAUCCUACAGAGCGUCCCUCCUGCAAAAGACCCAAAGAGCUGUUAGUCUGCAAAGAGGAAGCAAAUCCCACAAAGAUGAGGAAAGGGAUGAACCGUGUAAACACGCAUCUUUCUGCACAGCCUAAUAAAUGGAGAGUUUUUACACAGCUCUUUCCUUGUUACAACUCCCA